AUGAACUCCGACUGUGCUUCGAGAACAUAUCGCCAAUCUGACGAGGGCCCAAUUCUCGCAUGGGAUCCGUACUUCGGAAUGAACAUAGACUCUGGAGCAGCGACGUGUUUUCCAGAGGCGGUGACAUCUUGGUGGUUCCAGACUGCGAGCCAGGCGACAUCCAUUGCCUUGGGUCCGACGUUCGAGUGCCCCCAACUGUACACCGCUGCACAAACACUACUGGAAGCUGGAGGGGUACAGCACGUUUUCUGCUGUCCGUCGUACGUACGCAAUUGGAGAUUCUUUUGGGGUGCAUGCGGCUGA